CAGUCUCGAGCUCACCUCUGCAGUCCCCCCACUGUCCACCAGGUGGCAGCUCUACACCGGCAGUUUCUCUCUGAGUGAUCGGAACAACAAACCGAACGGAGCAAGCGGGUAAGAGCGUGUCCAAAACCGCCUCUGACCGCCACUUUCAAACUACAUCCGUGAAAUAGCCGCGAAUGCGCACUUUAAAGCCACUGGAGUCCAUCUAGCGCUUCAAGAAGUCCUUAUAAACAAUCCGGAACCGACCCUGACGAUCGGGUUUAUGAGACAAAAGUACACGCUAUUGCCCUGCGUGUAUGAAGACAAAGCCCUUGAUAAGUUGAAGUGGACCAGAAGAUGUUAAAGAAAUGAUAGCUGCACCGGAAUUACAAACAGAGUUUCAUUACGCUCAGGACACUGACACCCGAUUCUCAUCAGACACUGAUUUCGAUGAUCCUGAUGGGAGGAAUGUCUUUGUCGGGAAAGGGAAGGCGAAGAAAGGAAAGAAGGGCCCUGGAGAGAAGGGGAAAGGAGCGGGGAAAGGGCCUGGACGCAUGAACGGUCACCACCAGGAAAACGGCAUGGAAAAUGUCAUGCUUUUUGAAGUGGUCAGGCUGGGAAAGAGUGCCAUGCAGUCGGUCGUUGAUGACUGGAUUGAGUCCUAUAAACAUGACAGAGACGUCGCACUUCUUGACUUGAUCAAUUUCUUCAUCCAGUGCUCUGGCUGCAAAGGUGGUGUCACUGGUGAGAUGUUCCACAACAUGCAAAACUCUGAGAUCAUCAGGAAGAUGACAGAAGAGUUUGAUGAGGACAGCGGUGAUUACCCACUCACCAUGGCCGGGCCACAGUGGAAGAAGUUCAAGUCUAGUUUCUGCGAGUUUAUUGGCGUUUUGGUGCGGCAGUGUCAGUACAGCAUCAUCUAUGACGAGUACAUGAUGGACACGGUCAUCUCACUGCUCACCGGACUCUCUGAUUCUCAAGUCCGAGCCUUCAGACACACCAGCACACUGGCAGCUAUGAAACUGAUGACGGCCCUAGUGAAUGUAGCUCUGAACCUCAGCAUUAACAUGGACAACACUCAGCGGCAGUACGAAGCAGAGAGGAACAAGAUAAUUGGCAAGAGGGCCAACGACAGACUAGAGCUCCUGCUUCAGAAACGCAAGGAGUUGCAAGAAAAUCAAGAUGAGAUUGAAAACAUGAUGAAUGCCAUUUUCAAGGGUGUCUUUGUUCACCGAUAUCGUGAUGCAAUAGCAGAGAUCCGGGCGAUCUGCAUCGAGGAGAUUGGCGUGUGGAUGAAAAUGUACAGUGAUGCAUUUCUUAACGACAGCUAUCUUAAGUACGUGGGCUGGACCAUGCACGACAAGCAAGGUGAGGUGCGUCUGAAGUGUCUCACGGCUCUGCAGGGGCUGUACUAUAACCGCGAGCUCAAUGCCAGGCUGGAGCUCUUCACAAGCCGCUUCAAGGACCGCAUUGUGUCCAUGACGCUGGACAAGGAGUACGACGUUGCAGUGCAAGCAAUAAAACUGCUCACACUGGUGUUACAUAGCAGUGAUGAGGUUCUGACUGCAGAAGACUGUGAGAGUGUGUACCAUCUAGUGUAUUCAGCCCACCGACCCGUCGCAGUGGCAGCAGGAGAGUUCCUCUUUAAGAAACUGUUCAGUCAUCGAGACCCUGAAGAUGACAGCAUGCCCAAGAGACGAGGCAGACAAAGUGUGAAUGCCAACCUCAUCAAAACCACUGUCUUUUUCUUCCUGGAGAGUGAGCUUCACGAGCAUGCAGCUUACCUAGUGGACAGCAUGUGGGACUGUGCAGCAGAGAUCCUGAAGGACUGGGAGUGCAUGAUCAGCCUACUACUGGAUGAGCCAUUGCCUGGAGAGGAAGCUCUGACGGACAGACAGGAGACGGCUCUGAUAGAGAUCAUGCUGUGUACCAUCCGUCAGGCUGCAGAGUGCCAUCCUCCUGUGGGCAGAGGCACAGGCAAGAGGGUUCUGACAGCGAAGGAGAAGAAGACGCAGCUUGAUGACCGGAUGAGAAUGACGGAGCUCUUCGCUAUAGCAUUGCCAGCUUUACUUGCAAAGUACUCUGUGGAUGCAGAGAAAGUGACAAAUCUGCUGCAGCUGCCCCAGUUUUUUGAUCUGGAGAUCUAUACCACAGGGCGUUUGGAAAAGCACCUGGAUUCAUUGUUAAGACAAAUCAGAGAGAUUGUGGAGAAGCACACGGACACAGAUGUGCUCGAGGCUUGCUCUAAAACCUACCAUGCCCUGUGCAACGAGGAGUUCACUAUCUUUAACCGAGUGGAUAUCGCCCGUAGCCAGCUCUUGGAUGAGCAAGUGGAUAAAUUUAACAGGCUACUGGAGGACUUCCUGCAGGAGGGUGAAGACCCAGAUGAAGAUGAUGCUUAUCAAGUUCUUUCCACACUGAAGAGGAUCACAGCUUUCCACAACGUCAACACCGCCGUCAAAGAGCAGGCCUUCACCAUCCUCUGUGACCUGCUGCUGAUCUUCAGCCAUCAGAUCAUCUCAGGGGGGAGGGAAGCUCUCGAGCCCCUAGUAUACACACCUGAGGCGUCCCUGCAGUCCGAGCUUCUCAAUUUCAUCCUGGACCACGUCUUCAUUGACCAGGAUGAAGACAGCAACAGCACAGAUGGGCAGCAGGAUGAUGAAGCUGGAAAAAUCGAAGCUUUGCACAAGAGGCGAAACCUGCUGGCCGCAUACACGGACUGUCUGUUGGAUCUAAUGUUGGUCCUUUCUCUCUUUUCCCAAAGGCACAUGUAUUUGGAGCGCUUCAUGACAUUUCAGAUGGCCCUGCAGAGAGAAGACUGCUGGCUGCCGCUCAUCUCUUACAGGAACUCACUGCAGGCAGGGGGUGAUGAUGACACAAUGUCUGUGGUCAGUGGCAUCAGUAGCCGAGGCUCCUCCGUCAGAAGUAAAAAAGCUAAGCCUGCCACUGGCAAGAGGAAAUUACCAGAAGAGGAGAGCAGCAGCAGCAGUGAAGUAUGGAUGAGCCGUGAGCAGAGCAUGCAGACGCCCGUCAUGAUGCCUUCACCCCACCUCACCUCCACCGUCAUGAGAGAGCCCAAACACCUGCGUCCUGAGGAGAGCUACAUGGGGGUGUACACCAUGACCCCCGAUCAGCAACAGCAGCACGCACACCCUCAGACUCCUCAGCCACAACACCACCAAACAGCCAUAGACUACAACACACAAGUCACUUGGAUGUUAGCACAGAGACAGCAGCAAGAGGAAGUGGCCAGACAGCAGCAGGAGAGAGCUAUGAACUACGCCAAAUUAAGGAGUAACCUUCAGCAUGCUAUUCGUCGGGGAACAGGCCUUAUGGAGGAUGAUGAGGAGCCCAUUGUGGAAGAUGUGAUGAUGUCAUCAGAAGGCCGAAUUGAGGAUCUCAAUGAAGGCAUGGACUUUGACACCAUGGAUAUUGAUCUGGUAAUAAGCUUAUGCUAA